CAUGAGGCAGAAAUUUGAAAUCCUGUGUACUGCGCACUGUUCGCUGUUUCAGUGGGAACAAAACAUUAAACGACAAGUUUGAAGCGAUAGGGAAAAUCCUUCGUUGUUCAAAGUUAGACAGGAUUCGGUCGGACAGUGUAGUGGCGUCAAAAUUCAGUUACAUCAGGAUGCUAAGGGGAGUAUUUUGUUCAUUGAUGUAGCACGAGCUAGUCAUUACUACUAAUUGAGCAAAGGUUGGUAUAAAUUCUCCUAAACUGUGUUCAAAGUCAGCUUGCUAUCACACUGGACUGGUUUUCAACAAUCGACCUCACUCAGCACCUCUUUGUUCUGUUAUUUCUCCUCCUUUCUUAGCAAUGUUCUGUGGAAGUGUUCAUCGAAAGUUUGUUCAUGCGCCUUGUUCUCAAAGGUAAAUUUACGCAGCUGAAAGAGCAGAUGGAAACCGCUGACCCGACAUUGCAGGCGUGGAUGCCUUAUUUGACCGCGGCUUGUAAAUUUUUACUACGCCGAAGUUUUCAUCAUCUGCUGUACGAAGUACAGGUGUUUAUGAGGGACUUCUUUCGCGCCGCUCAGACUUGUAUCCGGUUUUACGAGGGCGCGGCCGGUGGACCCGUGACGUCAUACGAAGAUCUCUACUCUCGACUUCAUUACCUCGAGGAAGCUAAACAGCACAUUGAAGCUGUGAUCGCCGAGAAGAAAUCCCCCAAGGGAACUUGUAACACCGUGUUUGCGUAUUUGCGACAGCGUAGCACUACCAGUGUAAAGAGCGUUGCCGAAGAACCCUCUCACCUAACCAUGUCACUGUCCGAGUUGAACAGUCAUAUGAACACCAUCAACUUACAGAUGGAGGUUACGAGCUUCAUGCAUCAGUGCGCUGUGGACCGAGGGGGGCUGGGUCUACUACGAGCGACUGAAGGAAAUCGACUGCCAACCCUUUUCGGAAAUGGACAUGUUAGGGCAGAGGUGGUUGUCCAGGUCCUUCUUGCUGGAGCAACAAUCCUAGAUGGUUUCAGCUUGGCCAGCCGAAUAAUUCAGGAUUUUAAUCUGCCUGCUGCACGUGUUUACGUGGACGCUGGCCGUUCGCUGGCGCGACAGUACAAGUACUCACACAUUGAAGAACUUCUACGUUGCUCGGGGGAGACUGGACAAGUAACAGACAAAUGUCAUGAUGAUAUCAUUCUGGCAUGCGUCAGUAUUGUGGCCGCUGACCAGAGUCAGACGAAGUACUUGGAAGGACUAAUUAAACUUCUGAAGAAUGACAUCAACAAGAUAAGCGCUUUCCUAAUGUGCGGUAAACUAAAAUCCGCUUAUCUGAUCGCUGUAAAAGGAGACCGGGUGGACGCCAUUCGGGAAAUCGCUGAGCUGGCGGAGAAGACAGGACAAAGUAAAAUGGUGGAGAUCUGCUCCAAGUAUCUGUCGCAAUAUGAUAAGAGAAGGCAAACUCUGGAAAGACGAACGACGCAACGAAAACAAGGCGCGGAAUACAAGAGAUGACGAGACGUUGCAAGGAAAAAUCUAGGGUGAAUUUUUCAAGAUAGUAUUUCGUAAUUUAUCUCAGUUGUCCCAUUCUUGUUUCUCUCUGAUUAAGCUUUACCAAUUACUUGCUGUUUUGCUACCUUAGUCAACUAAAUUUUAAAAUUUUCUCUGAUUUUCAUACAGGUAACUUGUACGUUGCUAAGAAUGCCGGAUGUAAUACAUCGUUGACUGCAAGCAGGCUGUUGUGUUUAGGGCGGGGACGCGAGCGGCGAAGCCGCGAGAAACACACACGCAUGAGUCGAAACCGCGAGACGAGCCGGCGCGCUGUGUCUAGUUAGGCCUCCCACGCGUCGUUCUUAAACUCGCUCGCGCGCCGAAGCGAAAGGUCAGAUAGCUGCACCCAAACACUAGAGCCCGCUCGCAGGCUAAAUUUAUCGUUUCUUAAAGGGGCUAGGUCACUCACAGCUGGUCCAGACAAAUAAUGAACAUUUUCAAGCGCGCACGUCACUUGACCCAUCAGACAUAAGACACAAAUACGAAAUGUUAUAAAAUUGCCAGUUAAUAUAGUUCUUUAGUAUAAAUCUACUAGCGAUAUAUCACGAAUGGCGUUCUCUGAUUGGCUACGCUACUCACUAUCUAUUCUGUUGUAGAUAGCGAGUAACGCAGCAGUGUGCGCUUUUUAACAAACUGGCAGCCGAUUCUUUGCGUUUUCGAAAUGUCUUUGGAUAAAGUUUUGAACAACUAGUAGAUUUAUACUAAAACAAUUAGAUU